UCCAGUUGUUGCUCUGAGCCAUUAAAAGAAACAGCUGCUUUUGACAACUCUGCUAAUCAGUAGCAACACGUCUGCAAUGUUUUGAUUACUGCACAGAUUUGAAUCACAACUAAAAUAAGUUAAUUUGAUCGCCUCGAAUAUAAUGGCCAAUAGAUUUCCUAUAUAAUUUGCAAAGAAAACUAUUUUAAGUGACUGUAGAAGGAGCGAGAAAUGAAUACAAUGGAGAACGCAUUGGAAAAAAAAUUACAGGGUUUUCAGCUUAUUGCACAGGAAAAAUUGCAGGCAAUCAUAUGUUCUAUUCCAGGCAAAAAAGACUUAAUUAUUGAACCAGGACUCAUUAAACCCUUGGAGCAUGUUUGCGCUGCAUCAUGGCUGAAGCUGAAAGGCAUACAGCGAAUUUUCAAAUUUGAUGCUGAUCACAUUAUUUCACGUACAGCCGAACAUCAAGUUCACAUAUUUUUAAUACACAGCAAAUUUGAAAUAUUUCAACAAAUUUUAAUGCAUAUACACGAAUUAGAGCGGCAGGAUCCGACAGAUCUCGAUGCCGCUGUAAAAAGUUUUCAUAUAAUAUGUGUACCCACCUGCUUUAGCCAUUUCCAUAUAUUGCUGGAAGAGGAAGGCCUUUACGGACUAGUUCAACUUCAUCGCUACAACUGGGAUUUUAUUUGUCUUGAUCAAGGUGUUCUAAGUAUGGAAAUACCAAAUGUGUUCUCCACACUAUUUUUACGAAAGGAUACAUCGCUACUGCCAGUUAUUGCACAAUCUUUGAGGGUAUUACAAAUCAUAUGCGGACGACCGGAAGUAAUUCUAACUUUUGGUGAACAUUCUGCAAAUUUAGUAAAAAUGAUGCAAACUCUUAGCAAGCCUGGUAACGAAAACUGCAACGACUCGUCCACCGAGUUCGCCGCUUUUAUUAUCAUAGAUCGUGACAAAGACUAUGCAUCAAGUUUAUUAACUCCAGCGAUCUAUGCUGGUUUACUGCUGGAAGUUUUCAACCGGCGUGCAGCAGAAAUUGAAUUAGAAACCCAUUCAAAUAAGAUUUCAAAACAAAAGUUACAAAUUUUCCAAUUACCUCAUCGAGCUGAUCAACAAAAGCAAAGUGAAAAGCCGCCUGUGGGUAAAAUAAAGGCGAAACUUCCAAGCAUACGUAUGAACGCAAUAAGUGAUGAAAUUUAUGGAGAAAAUCGUUACAAGCAUUUUGCACAAGCUAGCAGUCAAAUACGAGCACAAGCAAAAACUAUCGGAUUGGAAGUACAUAAACUGGGCGACAUGAAACUCGACGAGAUGCACGACUAUGUGGCACGCAAGUUACCCAAAGUUACGGAGCUUAAAACAAAGGUAAUGCGACACCUAAACGCCAGUGAACAAAUUAUAGAUAUGUUGGGUGGCAACUUUCGUCGUGUGCAAUCUUUAGAGGAAGACAUACUGAACAAUGUGGCGCGCAAAAGAAUUCUAACUGAAAUCGAUGAAUUUCUUACAUCCGAUGGACAAAAGUUUAAUACUCUACGUUUGCUUUGCUUACUACACUUAUGUGCGGGAAUUAGUAGUGAUGAGUUGACACAAUUUGCUCGCAAUUAUUGUAACUACUUUGGUCAACAACAUCUAGUUAUUUUUCAACAAUUGGCAAUGGCCGGGCUGCUGCCAAUGAUGUGGGAAGAGGAUAAAGCGAACACGUCCGUGAAAAUUCUCUCAAAUUUGCCGUUACCUAAGUUUCAACAAACAGAAUUUCAAGCAAAUGCUAACAGACUAAGAUUGAUGGUUUCGACUACUGGUGCUGAGCCAACCAAUGACAAAUCUAGCUUAGGCAAUGAUAAUAAUGUAUUGGAGAGUGUCGGAAGUUGCCCUAGCUAUGUGUUUAACAAUCUAUACAUACCAAUUGCAGCGCAACUCUGCUCGUGCUUACUGAAAGCCCAGUCCGCGGAAGAAUUCGCCAGUAAAGUAGGUAUGGUGGACAAGUUAAUGAUGCACUUACCUAAUGCCAAAGCACACAACGCCAAAUCUUUCGCAAACUCUAUUAAAUUGAAUGACUCGAAUGAAAUCUUUCCCUUGCGUAAACGCAACAUAUUUAUUUUCGUCCUUGGUGGGGUAACAUACGCUGAGGUUGGUGCCUGCAAUUUAAUAUCUCGUCUUACUGGCUCUCAAAUUAUUGUGGGCUCUGACGCUAUCAUCAGUGGCAGUGAUCUCAUUGAGGGGGCUUUCUGACAAAGACAUUACAAACUUAGAAUCCUAAAACGAAAUGCAUCCAAAUACAUAUUUACAUUGCUAUAACAAAUGUAUAAGUAUAAAAUAUUUACAUUUUUAAUAAAAGUUAUACAAAAAAUAA